AUGGCGCCGCGCGCCAAUACCGUUUUCAACUUUUAUCCGUAAACCACGCGAACUAGUGAAACUUGGCAUGACAGUUUGUGAUAUUGUCAACAUACCGCCAUGGAUUCAUCCAGCCGACAAUCAGAGAUCCUGGAACAACUGGACAAGAUUCGCAGGGAGCUUGCCAGAAAAGAACGCAAGUUGCAGAAACUGAAGCGGCUCUCUGCUCAGAAGAGGAGUUGCGACAGCUCCGAAAGCAGCUCUGUGAUCGACGUCGAAGAAACUCGUUCGACGGUUUCGCUCGACCUCCGUUCACCCUUGCGCCCGAUUGAAGCGACGCUUUCGCAGAGUGAAAUUUGCCAUUCAAAACCUCUCCGAACGACCGAUCCGCACGAAAGAUCCAUUCUCUUACGGGGAGCGAACAGUGACGCGUUGGAAGCGGACGAAAAUGUCUAUGGACUCCAUUCUUCCUUCGAUACGACGCGAGCUGGAAUCGGCGAAUCGGCUUGUGAUGCCCGGCGGGUUGAAGUGCAGCUAUCUCGUGGAUCGGCCUGUGGAAGAGCGCCACCGUCAGACGCGAGUCUUGGACCAUCGAAGCCUGAACAACAGAAACCACCGUCCAGUGAUGAGUGUCGACUUACCAACGAAAGGUCGCCUGCCGGAACUAUCCCUGACACGCCAUUAAAAAUCGACUCGCGCUUAUCGUUACAUCUCGUGAGCCCUGCUAACAGUGCGAAUGUGGCAACCGCAGGAGCAAGGCUAGUUCCUGUAUCUUCAGAGUGCGGUCCUGUCGGAAAGGAAUUGGAUUCUGCAACCAGUGUGAACUUCUGUAAAAGUCGAGACGUGAGAGUGCUUAACACGACUGGCAUUUGUUCUCCUGCUGUUAGGCAUAGGGUUUCGCAAGAUGAAAGUACACUGCUUGGAAACGUAUCGGUGCAACAAGUUGAAAAAGAGAGCAAGUGCACUGUGAAAUCACUUCUCAGCAGUGUUAGAGGUAAAGAAAGCUCAGAAGAGACCUUUGAGGCUUUUGCCUAUGAACGCACAAACAACGUAUCAUACAGUGAAAAACGAUUCAACGUUCAGAGUGACGUCCAUCUCAUGCCCACCUUGGAUGGUGAGAGCUCGAACGACAACAAGAAUGUGCACAACUCUCAGAUGGAGAUGUUUGUAGAGCAUGAAGAACACAUGGAAAGCCGAGACACUGAGUGCAGUAUGAGCAGCUGGGACGAAGCCACAGAAGGGUCCACGUUGGAGAGCAGCGAAAUGACAGAGCCUCCGUGGCAAGCGACUGAAACGUCGUGUUCAACCAGUUCCAAGUCAUGGUCUCCCGCACACAAGCGGAGACGUACUACUUGUGAGGUUACCGCACCGUCUGGUCCAGCAGACUCAAAGUGCUACAAUUUCAGAAAGCGAAAUCUUUCUUACAGCCCUCUUGUUAGGAGACGGAUGAGCAGGGAAGCCAAGAGCAUCCUAGGCACUUUCCAGAAGCUCAUUCAACAUGCGCACGAGCUUCCCAUCUCCACCUUUGAGCGGUCAUUUGAGGAGCUUGGCUUGCAUCCACAGCAGGAGAGGAAAAGUGUGUCCAAUAGUGAAAAGAAUGUAAAAAUAUCCAGAACAUCCUCUUGUGGCAUUCUGUCUCCAGAAAAGUGUCAUGACGAAACCGAAAUUGAGGUUAAGGAGAGCACAAAGGAUGACAAAUCCUUGGUGCUUGAGACAGCAAACACUUCCAGAUGUUUAGAAUCGUUUUGCGCAGCCCUGUCACUCUUGCCAAGAAAGAAAACAGAAGCAAUGCCAAAUGCAACGAACUGCGAAAAACGGAAGGCAUGCACCAGUCAAUGCCAAAGGAGAGAGUCUUCUCUUUCGGCGAGCUGUGCUUGUCGAGUUAGUGACGUGCAGCAGUCUAUCAUAUCCUCCACUGCAACCAGGAACCACUUUUCGAGUGUAAAGGAAAUUUCGUCGUCUCCUCUUGUGCAUAGUGUCUGCAACGCAGCCAACAGCUACUGUGAUGCAGCCGUUGACACUGUGCAAGAAGAAUCUUUGUAUGUUUGUGGGCACGCAUCACCUGAAGCGGAACUGACGACAGGGGCUGAGCUCACAGACAAUCAAGCUGAAGUGGUCCCUCGUUUCGGCAAACACGGUGAAAGAACCGAGCUGUCAGGGCCGUUGAGGAUUGUUUGUGAAGUUGGCGAUUCUUGCGAGGAGGUUGAACGAAGUGCCAUCUGUGUGCAUGUUAAUCGAGAGCCUUCGGACCAUUGUACAAAUACAGCUACCAGCUCCUGUGAGAUUAUGGCUGUUACAGUUCAGUCGAAAGCUGGUGCAGAGGUUCGCUUGCAGGACAACGGUGUGUGUGGUAACUUGCUUACUGAACGGCAGGAGCCAGGUGACCCUGUGCAGGUUACACGCAUCCAGAAUAGCGAUACGAUUACCAAGCAAGUUUCUCCUGCUUUAGCUCAUGUAGGUUGUGGAAAGCACAAUCGUUCAUCGCAGGAAUGCUACACGAAUGUGCCCCAAAAAGAAAACUCUAGUUGCAUGGUGUUGUCCACGGAGGGGGACGCUUGUAUCCAAAUUGACAGACAGGAUUCAGAGUGUGACAACGGUGAUGGUGUGUUUGAAGCAGCUUGUCUGGAUAACAGCGACCUGUUCACUCAGAGUGAGGAAAGUGACGGCACUACUGGUGGGAUCAACGAGUUUGUUGCCACCAUUGUAGAGCAGCUUGAUCCGCACAUCUUUAGUGCUGCGGACCGUGGGCCUACUGAUGAGCCACAGGGCAGCCUGAGUGGCAGCACAACUGCUGACGAUUUAAACCUCCUGGAAAGUCAAGCGCAAUCGCUAGUUGAAGCACGAGAGCACCCGUCACCAUCGCGCGGGCAACGAGGUCUGCUUACAGAAGCCACAACAAAAAGAUUCAAAACAAAAGAGGAAAGUCCCGGCAGUCUGACAGACAAACUGCAGAAUGCUGUUCUCCCAUCUCCAUCACGCACUUUUGACAAGGCAUCGGACCAUCCUUUAUGCGUUGCAGUGCUUGCUUCUAGGACGGGCGCUUCAAAGCCUGGCCUCCUUGAUGGGAGUGAAAUGGAUGGUGGCGCCGGAACUGCGGAUGUGCGUUCAUUUCAUCGCGCACCUUCUGUGCCUGCAGCGGGAGCAACAAGGACAGAAGAGUUGAGCAUGCCUCACAUGUCCGGUACUGUUUUUGAAUGCGAUGCUAAGAACCUCUUCACCGACUCCUCAGUUGGCAACAAGGCCUCAGUGGCAAACUCGGACUUGCCGGAGCUUUUGGAUCCACAUGAACUGGAAGGCAUGUUCGACGAGUGGUCGGAAGGUGUUGACUGUGUUCCCAGAACCUUGAAUGCGAGAGAUGCGCGGGACUGUGGAAACACCAGUUGUACUCCUGGCGCGCACAAAGAAUGUCAGGCUAUUGACGUGCCAGCAGCUGCUGGCAACGGAAUAAGAAGCAGCGCAGACCACGCGUCGGUCCCGAUUACGCACGGAGAACUCAACAGGGGUUUAGCAUCGAGGUGGAAAGAAAGUUGCCGUCGGAAGACCAGUGCUCUCAGUACUGCCUCAAGCUCUCUUGAAGCUCUUUCAGCCAUGUCAAGGUUUUCAGACGAAGUGGAAGAAAAAGAUGCGGUGCCACAUCCCGACGGGGAUGAGCAACUUGGCUGCGAGGAGGACCUGGACUCACCCGAGCUAUCUGGUGGCACGUGUGAUGGCUUGGCUGAGGACGACCAUGACGGAGCUGGAUGGGACAACCAGGAGGACGAAUACGAAGAACUGUGCCAGGGCACUGCUCGUCCCUGUGGGUCCUUGCUUGGCACAGGCAAACCACUUCUGUUGUUUUGUGCACUGAAGUGCGAAGAGAAGCAACCUGUAAUAGGGGUACACCUGGUGCAAGCGGCGGCACACCCAUUCCUGGUGACGGUGCAAGUGUCGGCCAUCAACGUCUGGCACCUGGAAGGGGAACGCAGUUGGCGGCACAGCAUGGUGAUGAGAAGGUUAAAGUUUCCGGUGGAAGAGGACUAUUGCCUUCUGAGCUGCGACGAGUGGACUGUCUUGCUGUACCUGAACGCCAGGGUGCCCCUGUACCUGUCGUGCCUGGAGUGGCGCACAGAGGACGCCCAAGAGAAUGGCCAGCUGCUGCUCACCCUGGGCAGCCUCGACAGUGCAAAUCUCCUCUCACCAAAAAGAAGCCAGCGCAUCUACCGUAUAGCCAAGCUGAGCCAAGAGAGCCGGUUUGCUACAGCGCUGAGGACCAAAGGCGGAGCAACACUGUUGCGCGUUCAUCGUCUGCUUCACCUUCACGGAGAGCUCGGCGACAAGACCCACGUCCUGGGACGCACGUCCAACCUACUCGACUCGCUGGUCUGUGUUGAAGGACAGCCCGAUGCGCUACUUGGGAACUCCGCGAAUAUUUUUUAUGUGUGGGACUGCAACAGCCGGGUGCUGGUGAAGAAAAUGAUCCAUGAACCGGAUGUCUUCACUGACUUGCACCGGAUCUCCUGGUGCUCUUCUGACCGGGGCCUGCUGUUUGUACUGAUGCAGUCCUUGGACGAGGUGGACACCACGCUGGUGGCCAUGAACCCAUUCAGCUGUAAAGCAGAGCCGGUUACAAGCUUGUCCUGGAAACUGGCUGCUAAACAACAUACUGGAGGCUCAAGGUCGUGUAGUACCCAGGUCAAAGGUCGCUACGUGGCCUGCGUCGCUCGGGGAUACGGCGUGCGAAUAUGGAAUCUCUUCACUGGCAACCCAGUGGCCAACAUGUGGUAUCGUUGCUCAACAAGUGUCGCCAUAGCCGAGCUCUCCGGCUCCAUGGCGUGCGUUGUUGGAACGGACGACGGCCGUGUGCUCGUGUUUUCUUCCUAGCAAUGUGCUGCGCCUAGGCCUUUUUACAACGUCUCAUGGUGGGAGAAAUGCGUUCAUUCAGCUCGCUCUCCGAGACAAAGUUCCUAACGGGGAUGGGCUAGGUAAGGUAUGUGAAGGUGUAGAGUGCAUAACAUCAUUUGAAUGCCCUUCAUGAACAACUGUGAGUAGCAAAGCUGUGCACUUUAGUAUUUAUUGUGUAAUAUAUUUGUACAUAGUUAAGCACUGCAUGUGUUCUGUGUAUACCUCCGAUGCAUUGCAUUGUUGUACAAUGAUGUUUGUUGGAACACAGAAAAGUGGGUCGCAGUUGUUGCUUGCCACAAGCUAUACGUGUUUGGUGUGCACAAGUUCUCUGUGUACUGUGUGCACAUUUCAUAGGUAUAUUUAGUGUUAUUUGAGAGGCAGCUAAAUCUGUUUGCACUUAUGUACAUAUCAGGAGGCUUCGCUAAAAACAGCGCUUUGUUAAAGAAUUUCGAUGAGAAUUUUGAUAUGUAGUGCAAUAAUGGACAAGCAUAUUUUUGCUGACUGUUUUACUUGAGUGUGCAAACUUGGCGGCAAAAAAAAAAAAAAGGAAAAGUUUUUCUGCAUGAAAGAGUCAACAGUGGAUUUAGUUUAAUUAUUACAUGAUUUAAAAGUGAUGUGUGAUACAUGAGGUACUGUUGUCAUUUUUCUUGCGUUAUCUUCUAGUUGCGAAAUUGUUUUUAGGCUUUCCAAGUCAUCCUGCAAUUGCAGCGACGCUUCCCGGCAGAAUGCAACAGUGUCACUAAUUGAUGACAUUUCUCAUGCAAGAGAUAAGCGCCUCGAAUUCAAAGGAAGAUGUCUGCUUUCUCAGAAUAAAGUAGUGUUGGAAGCCAAAUUUGUUUGUCUUUUGCCCUGUUGCUCGAGUCUGCGUUGAAGACAUUCUAUGUGCAAAUUGAAUCUUGAUGCCUAAGAACAUGAGCUCUGGCUUUUAUAACUUGGUUGCUUUUGGCAGUCUCAGCUCUGCCACCAAGUUAGCAGAAAAAAAGAAGGGAGCCCUACGCUCACACGUUUGCUGUUUUCAACAUAGGCUGUGGCACUUGCAUUGAAAUUGGCAAGGCAAAUAGUAACCACACGUAAUAAUUGCAAAGCGAGUACAUAAUACACUCACAUUACACCAGUGACCUUACCUAUGAUGAGGGUAACUGCAUUCAUUGCUAAACUCGGUGACUGCAGUUUCACAUAGAACGGCGGCAUGUCCACUAACUGCGGUUGUCCACCAACCGAUCUUGGGAGACCUUGGUCUAGUGUAACUGACAUUUGAAUGGGCAAAACAAUUUGCCCAUUCAUCUACUGAGUGCAGCGCCACCACUUGGCAGAUACCUAGCCAAAAAAUGUACCUUAAAUUGAGCCUUACACAAAAACCUUUAUAGUAAUGAAAACCAUAAUAAUCAUUCUGAGAGAUAAUGGUACUGCUUUGCGCACAAGUAUUCAAAAUGUGCACCUUUGCUACAAUCUGUUGCAGUCAUUGCUACGAAGUAAGUUAAUGUGCACUAGGUGCUAUUGCCAUGUGAAUACUCGCACAGCUGCCCUGCAGGGAAAUUAACCAGUUGGAGUAGUUGUUUCCAAACGGGGUCUCUAAAAAUAAUCCUAUCAUUCAAAUUUCGUAUCACUGUAUGGAAAAUUAGCAUGUGACAAAAGGAAGCUGGGAUACAUUCACACUUAUUGCUAUUAUGGCCGUAGCAAAGUCAUGAAUAGCUCUGAGUAGUUGCGAGUGAAGUUUUUAGGUAUUAACGAUUGUACCUGCUCUCGUAAAUAUAUGGCACUGCUAGUGAAAAAAAAAAGGCAUGAAUUGUAGUCAGCAUUCAUUCAUUCUUUGGCCAUCAAAUGUAGAAAUCAACAGUGCAUUGUGGGAUGGAAGCACUAUUUGCGAAAGAAAAAUCCUGGUGAAGUCUGGUCACAGGGUUGUAUUGGCUAAAAUUUGCAGAAUGACAUCUGCUCAGCAACAAACCACUUUUGAGACUCGAGAAAUUGUUUAGAAAUCCAUAUUGCAAUGGAGAAUUCUCGUUUUUCUUGCCUCAGUAUCAUUGAGUGGAGUACAAAUCGUGAAAGAAUGAAUAACUGUGCAGACAAAACCGAGAUAAAAGAUACAAUCGAAUACACUGCCACUAACUGUUAGCUGAUAAUUCUGUGUAGUAAUAGCAGCCACUUAGAAGCAUAACCGUAGAGACUAAAUGUAAAGACUGGACUUGAGUAAGCUUCAAAGUUGGGUUUUGUUUAUUGGUGAUUUUGCAUGUGCCUUGAUUGAUUGACUGUAGGUAAAGAAAGAAAGCCUCAGCUCACGAGCCAAAGUGCUGAUAGGCAGAUAUGCUCCUUCGAGUGCCCUCACAAACCAGCUGCUUUCUAGAAGUAUUGGCUCUGGAUACAUUUCUCAUUUUUUCACUUUUUAUUGCGUGAAGUCUUCUUGUUACGGACCUUUUUGUUUUUAUAUUCUCGUCACUUUUUGUGCAAAAUAUUGCUUACAAAAUGAUCGAAUUUUGUUAUGUAUGUCCAUUAAGUUUAGUUUGCAGUCAUUCCUUCCAAAGAAACAUCAGUUGAGUAGCAAAAGGAGCAUUAGUGAAAUACCAAAGGGUCAUUCUUGCUUUAGUGUCCCUCUGAAUACCCAUAUUGAUACGAUCAGUUUGGCUAGCAGCGCUCUUACUGUUGGCUGAAAGAAUUACAUGUUUCAUCCUUGUCAGCUAUUGCUCCCCCCGCGGGACACUCCCUUAGAGGCAUCAUGCCGUCUCAUUUUUUUUGUUUACAUUUGAUUCGUGCUGCCUUAAGGAUACGACUGUUCUUGGUUGUUAAGUUGUGUGCCUGUAUUUCUACCUCAUGGAACUGGCAUAUUUCAAGCGAUCUUACAUCCUGUGAUUUUCAUGUUAUCGGGCUGUUUCUGCUGUGUUUCUCAAAUGUGAUAGGUGGUCACACGGCAUAAAUGUGCUUACGUAGCAGUAUAUUCCGCUGUUCAGAGGAACAUCUGAUUAGCAUAUAGGGACUGGCUACAACUCUGUUUAGAUGUGAAAACCUCAGCACUAAUAUUUUAUAAUAUUACACGAUUUCCGUAGUAAAAGUCACAUAGAACACAAACAUACAUUUGUAAACCCAUUUUAUAUACUUAGACUCACCAUGUUUUAAUCAUGCUGAAAGUUGUUUUGCUACAUUGUUUUGCAUCUUAUACAUAAUACAUUAUCGUUUGUUAUAUUGAGGUUAUACCUUGUAGUUGUGAAAGCCUGUCACAUUAAACACAAUCUCCCCUCAGUACUUAAUGCAUUCAAAUUGUACUGGCUAGAGCACAGAUGGCAUGUUUCCUUCAAUAAUGUCCCAUACUGUACACUAUGACAGCCAUUUGUAUGCUAAGACCUCAAGGUUAAUGCAUUGUGUCACCUAACCAAGCACCCCUGCAGUAGCGCUGAGUUGUUAUGUUGAAUGUGAGCUUAAUUUGUUUGCCGAGUUACUAAUGUAAAUUGUUCAUCUGUGAUGCUAGAAUACAUAAUGUUGAUUAAAUGUAAAAAAUUAUGUAAAAAGUGUUGUAUGUUCUCUGAUUAUCUCACUGUGAUUUGGUUGUGUGAGUAUGUGCGAAGUGUGCUUUAGCACACAUAGUCUG